GAGGGACUAGAGAGCGGGAGACGGACAGGGCUUGCUUUGGUUUGACCAGCCGGGUUCCACGGUCGCCGUGGACGACGAUAUGAAGACGAAGACUCUGAACAAUUCAAUGCAGCGGAGACAACGGUGACUGUCCACACAAAAUAACGCGUUUCGGAUGCGUGUCGUGUUUUAAUUUGAACAGAGUCGACUCCAUCGAAAAACACCGGUACGCCUACCUUUAAUCGUCUCGACAUUGGACAUGUUUUUUAUCGACUUUAUGGGUUUCCUCGGGUCAGCUGUCCUCUGAACCGUACGUUGUGUUCAGCCAACAAUUGUAUCAUGUUUCAUAAUUGAACCACUAUCUAUAAAUAAUAUAACCAUGUCGGGGGAUAUUAGUUUACAUAAAUUGGUAGACUUAUCUAUCGGUACACCGGACAUCGGGGUGGUCAACUUCAAUGCGCUACACACUCUUCUCCACGCGAUUCUGGACCACCUGAAAAUCCAAACCGUAACCAUCAAUUGGACCAGAGAGGAGGAAUGUGUGGGCAAGACCUUGACGGCUCCCCCCCAGGAGCAGAACCAGUCCGCUCCCGGGUACCAGGACCUGGAGGACAAGCUGCGCCGUAUCGAGACGCAGAUCGCCCUUGUGGAAAACCUCCCCUCCAGUACCGAGCUGUUGGACCGGAGCUCCGCCUCCGCCACGCCGGUGAACGACAUGUGGCAGCUGAUGCAGCUCCGCCGCCAUAUCCAGACCAACGAGGACGGGGUUUCCAAGUCUUUCUCGCUGGUCCAGGACCUCUUGCUGGAGAUCCAGGAGCUGAAGGAGUCCAGAGACCAGCUGAAGGAGAAGGUGGAGGAGCAGCACACUGCCCUGGAGAAGGUGAACUCGGCCCUUCAGGAGGACCACGCCACGACGUUGGAGGAGUGCUGCCACCGUGUGGAACAACUGGAGACCGCAACGAGGUCUCUGGAGGAGAGGGUGGAGCGGUGCCCCAGCCCAGUGGUGCUGGAGAACACGGUGACGUGGGAGGUCCUGCAGUCAGCACUGCUCUCCGAGCGAGAAGACCUCCACACAAAUCGGUUGCAGGAACUCUCCGCCGGGGCGAAGGGCCCCGUGACGGACCCCCCCAGCCCCGCGGGCCCGGGCCUCCCGCCUUCCCCCAGCCCCCCACCGACCCUGCCGCCCCAACCACCGCCCCCUAGCGGCCAGGUCCCGGGGGGUAGUGCGGCGGUGGGCUUCCCCGAGACGCUGGAGGCUCUGAGGGUGGUGGGCCGGCUCAGCGAUCGCCAUGGCGACCUGGAGGAGCGCGUGGAGACCCUGGAGGCGGAGCUGGCAAGGCUCGAUGACCUCGCUAAGCACGCCGGCGGGGCGGCGGGGUCCCAAGCAGGGUCCCAAGAUCCAGCAGAAGACCUGUUGGAGCAGAUGAAACACCUGAGAUCCCAGGUGGAGGGCCUGGCCAGCGACAUGGAGAAGAGCGCCAUUCAGAAUAAGAUCACCCAGCUCCAGGCGGAGUUUGACAGGCUUCGCCAAACAACGCAACACCUGCUGGAGAACCACGACGAGAAACAAACACACCUCCAGAAACUGUACAAGUCCAUGAAGGUGCUGGAGGAGCAGAAGGCGGACAAGCAGCUGCUGGAGACGGAGAUCCAGAUCAAGGCAGAUAAGUGUGCGUUGGAGAGCAAGGUGAGCCUGGUGCAGCUGGACGCGGCGACGGAGCAGCUGAGCACCAUGUUCCACAACCUCCUCUCCAAGGUCACGGGUCAGGAGCAGGACUGGCACAAGGUCAUGGACCGCCUCUCCAGCGAGAUGGAGGGCAAGCUCAACCGGAUGGAGCUUGACUCGAUGAAGAAGCAGCUGGAGGACCGCUGGAAGAACAUCCGCAAGAAGAUCAAGUCUCCCGAACACGAAGACAACGCCGCUGGCCUCACAAGACAGCUGGUGGCCAGGUUCCACUGCAUCUCGUGCUCGCGCCCAGUGGAUAUGACUGCACCUGGGCGCGUCCCUGGGAUCGGGGACUACGGCUACGUCACCAUGUCCCGCCCCUGCGGGGGUCACCACACCGUCACCCAGCCCAUCCGGCGCUCCGCCCGCUUCCAGCACCUCAGGCACUUCUACCAGGCGGAGACGGAGGCCCUGCCCGUGCACCCCGCCGAGCUCAAACUACAGGGAGAGGAGGAUAUCCUAGGAUUGGCCGGACAGAUCUACAAGGGUCGCCUCACCGCCAAGGGCCCCCGGACCACGGACCAACACCUGCCCAGCCUCUCGCCCAGAGAGAGCAUGAGUAAAAGUGGAGACGGCCGAGUUCAGCGUUCCAAGUCCCAGAUGUCCUGUACCGCCCCGGGACCCGGCUCCGGAGCUCCGACCCGCCCACAGAGCACCAGGGCAGGCCGCCGUCGCAUCGGUUCUGCUGGUUCGGGGCGGGCUUGGCCGGUGUCUGCGGCGGACGACCUGGGUUCACUAGCGCAGAGCAGCGGAGAGCUACAGCGCCGGGCCACCGUCACCGAGCUCCAUGUUGACCUCCGACCCCCUGAUGAGGAGGGGCCUGGGACCAACCUGUAGGCGGGGGUUGAGUGGUGGAGUGGUGUGUGUGUGUGUGUGGGGGGGCUGCAGUGUUGUGAUUAAAAUAUAAAAACUGUUUUUUAAAGGUUUUUAAAUAAACUGCACCAGAAGACUUUUCUCCAGGAGAAU